UAUUUUAAUAUUUAUUUAAGUAAUUCAAAAUUUUGGAAGUCUAUUAAAUACAUUAAACUAAACCGGAUCUAAACGCACUUCAUGAUGUCAUGGUUGGUUUCUAAACGCAACUCGUGUCAUGUCAAGUGUGUGACGGGUGGUCAGACCGUGUUUGUCUUGUAUAUUUUUACUUGUUGAUUUUUCUAAUUACAUUUGUUAAGUAUAACGCGGAGUGGUGCGCGACAGGUUCCGGGAGAGCUAUGUUAUAGUGUGGCAAGUGGCAGCAGGUGGACGAGUCGCGGCUGGCGUGUGCGGAGCGCCGAAAGUUCAGAGUAGGUCGGGAGGCUCGCGGUCGGGAUGGAGGACGAGGUGACGUUCCUGUUCCAGCUGGGCGUGCUGCGCGACGCCGUGGCCGCGCCCGCGCACGCGCUCACGCUCGCGCACCUCAAGGAGCUGGCCGUCAAGUUCGUGCACGAGAAGAUCCCGGACAAUGGGUUAAACCGGCUGAGCGAGCGCAUCCUGCUGUUCCGACACGACUACUGCUCGCCAAACGUGCUGCAGCUCAUCAACUCGGCCUCCGACGUGUCGGACGAGACGCUCGUCGAGAUCGUGCUCACCGCCAACCCUCUCCUAUGCGGCAGUGAAUCCGACGCCGCGCCCGCGCCGCUGCCGCACAUGCUGUCCGUCCACUCGUACAAGUCGCCCACCUUCUGCGACUUCUGCGGGGAGAUGCUCUUCGGACUGGUGCGCCAAGGGCUUAAAUGCGAAGGUUGCGGCCUAAACUACCACAAGCGCUGCGCCGUGAAGGUCCCGUCCAACUGCCCCGCGGCGCGGCGGGGCUCGGCGGCCCCGCGCUCGCCCUCCCGCGCCUCCACCACCUCGCACGCCUCGAACGCCACGCACGCCUCGCACGCCUCGCACGACGACUCGCUGUUGGGCAGCGCGAGCGGCAAGCGCAGCCGCUCCCCGUCCCGCAACUCCGCCACGUGGGGGCUCUCACUGAGUAUCCCGCACACGUUCGCCGUGCACUCGUACACGCGGCCCACUGUGUGCCGGCACUGCAAGCGCCUGCUGCGCGGCCUCUUCAAGCAGGGCCUCCAGUGCCGUGAUUGCCACUAUAACGCACACCGCAAGUGCUUGCCACACGUGCCCAAAGACUGCGGCGGCGAGAUACGCGAUUCACAUGGCGAAUACCAGGACAGCAGUGGCGGUAGCGAGCUAUCAGAAAGCGCACGACUUCCGGACGAGGAGUCCGACGAGGGUGGCUCAAACGAUGGGGCGUCCAAUGAUAUUGACGAUGAGGUGCAGCUCCGGCGGCGGCGCGGCUCGGACGGCUCGGAGCCGCAGCGCGACACUCUGCCCGAACGCUCCGCGUCGCGGCCCAGCAGCUCCUCGUCGUCGCCCAGCGCCAACAUCCCGCUGAUGAGGAUCGUGCAGAGCGUCAAGCACGCCAAGAAAAGGACCGGCCAGAGCAUCAAGGAGGGCUGGCUCGUGCACUUCACCAACAAGGAUAAGCAGAUCAAACGGCAUUAUUGGCGACUGGACAGCAAGUCCAUAACACUGUUUCAGUCGGAUCAGGGCUCCAAAUACUACAAGGAGAUACCGCUCAAUGAGAUCUUAGCUGUCGACACCGCACGGACACCGCACUCAGACGUGAUGCACUGCUUCGAGAUCCGCACGGCCAACGUGGACUACAUGGUGGGCGUGGACCCGGUGGGCUUGGGCGCGGGGGGCGCGGCGCUGCCGCCGCCCGAGUCCGGCGUCGGCGCCUACCUCGCGCGCUCCUGGGAGACCGCCGUGCGCCACGCGCUGCUGCCCGUCACCGCCGUGCGCCGGCACGACCCGGAAGCAUCGUCGUCGACGGAGCCGGCAGAGCGCGGCGCUGAGAUGGCGCAAGUGUACCAGAUCCACCCGGACGAGGUGCUCGGUUCGGGGCAGUUCGGCAUCGUGUACGGCGGCCUGCAUCGGCGCACCGAACAACCCGUCGCCAUCAAGGUGAUAGACAAGCUUCGUUUCCCGACCAAGCAAGAAGCCCAGCUCAAGAACGAGGUCGCCAUCCUGCAGAACCUGUCCCACCCCGGCGUCGUCAAUCUCGAGCGAAUGUUCGAGACGCCGGAGCGAAUAUUCGUCGUCAUGGAGAAGCUUAGGGGAGACAUGCUCGAGAUGAUCCUCAGUCAUGAAAAAGGACGGCUUACGGAGAGAACCACCAAGUACUUGGUGGCACAGAUCCUGGUAGCCCUAAAGCACCUCCACGCCAAAAACAUCGUCCACUGCGACCUGAAGCCAGAGAACGUUCUACUAUCGUCCGACGGCGACCUGCCGCAAGUCAAGCUGUGCGACUUCGGCUUCGCGAGAAUCAUCGGCGAGAAGUCCUUCCGUCGCUCCGUCGUCGGCACUCCGGCUUACCUCGCGCCCGAAGUCCUACGGAACAAGGGCUACAACCGCUCCCUGGACAUGUGGUCGGUGGGCGUGAUCGUGUACGUGUCCCUCUCCGGCACGUUCCCCUUCAACGAGGACGAGGACAUCGGCGAGCAGAUACAGAACGCCGCCUUCAUGUACCCGCCGCAGCCGUGGCGGGAGAUCUCCGCCGAAGCGAUCGACCUGAUCAACAACCUACUGCAAGUGAAGCAACGCAAGCGCCUCAGCGUGGACAAGUCCCUCGCCCACGCGUGGCUCCAAACACAGCAGGCCUGGGAGGACCUCCGGGCUUUAGAGAAGAAAGUGGGGCGCCGCUACCUCACGCACCCGAGCGACGACGCGCGCUGGGGGGAGGCCGACAGCGAACAGUUGGAUCCGUGA